AUGUUUCGAGCUCUUUCUCUGGCGCGUGCCCUGGGAGUAGCUGUUUGUCUAUUGUUGGCGGCGACGUUUUCCGUGUCGCUUGUGGCUGCGUUGUCGCCUGUGAGUACGGUUAGCUGGACCUGGAUAGGAGGAGAGACGGGUACUGGUAACUUUGGCAGGUAUGGAACGUUGAACCAGACGUCUCCAGAGAGUGUUCCAGGAGGCCGUUACUAUUCUGCAGCCUGGGUCGGAAGUUCGAGCGUAGUGUACUUGUUUGGCGGGUUCGGGUUCGGAAACACAGCAAAGGGCCUCCUUAAUGAUCUGUGGAAAUUCAACCUGACCUCGCUCGAGUGGACAUGGAUAGGAGGUUCCUCAGAACUUGACCAACCAGGAGUGUACGGCACAGUCGGCACAGGCAGCCCAAAUAAUAUACCCGGCGGCCGUCAGUCUAGCGCAUAUUGGCAGACGGACGAGCACCAUUUUUGGUUGUUUGGUGGCUACGGCUUUGAUGUGAACGGUAAUGCGGGAGACCUGAACGACAUGUGGCGGUACGAUACUGAAACGGGAAUCUGGACGUGGUUCAGUGGGAAUGAUACUUUUAACGCCAAUCCAGUCUAUGGACCGAAGGAUAUCUACAGUCAAAUUUACAACCCCGGAGGCCGAGAUAGCGUGGCAUUCUGGCUGGGUGCGGAUGGUCUUUUUUGGUUGUUUGGUGGUGAGGAUAUUGCGGGGAAUUUGCUGUCAGAUCUUUGGUCAUUCAACCCUGUUACAUUCGAAUGGGCAUACAGAGGCGGAUCACAACUUGUUAACCAUCCUGGUAACUAUAGUGCACCUGGCGUGGCGAGCAACUCAAAUGCUCCAGGUGCGCGCGGCUUCUCGCAUACGUGGACAGAUUUUGAAGGAAAUCUCUGGUUGUUCGGCGGCUAUGGCUACGGAAACAGCACAGCACUAGGGCAAGGGGACUUGAAUGAUCUCUGGGUCUACAACAUAAGUCAAUCCGUAUGGCUUUUGAUUGCAGGAAAUACCACUAUUAAUAAUCCAGGAUCUUAUGGAACUAUCGGUGCUUUCUCCCCAACCAGUUACCCAGGUGCAAGAGACUCAGGCGUAAGUUUUGUGGAUUCUUUGGGUAAUCUGCUACUUUUUGGUGGUGAAGGAUAUGGGAAUACUCGUGAGAGCCCCGGUGAUUUGAACGAUUUGUGGGUAUUUGAUAUCACACUUGGUCAGUGGGCGUGGAUCAAUGGAAGCCAAAGUGUGGAUGCUCUUUCAGUAUAUGGAGUUUUCAACGAAUCCGACCCGAGUGUUGUACCUGGUGGUCGCUUUGGACCAGCUUUCUGGAAUACAAGUGGGACCGAUCCGAUCCUAUUUGGCGGAUCUGGAUACUCAAUCACUAGCGGACCUGGCUAUCUCAAUGAUGUUUUCGCACUGAGUGAAACGUUCUUUACGCCUACCUCUACGCCUACGCCAACAUCAACGCCAACUCUGACACCAACGAUUACGCCAACUGCUACUGCGACACCGACACCGACUGCGACACCGACACCGACACCGACACCGACUGCGACACCGACACCGACACCGACAUUGACACCUACACCGACACCGACACUGACUGCGACGUUAACUCCGACAAUUACAUCAUCGCCAACGAUUACUGUAACAGCGUCUCCAACGACAGUGACGAUGACGCCGACGAUGACUCCAACUGCAACAACGUCACCAACAAUCGUGCCGACGACGAUUUCCACCUCGAUUGCGAUAUCCGUUCAGAAUCUUUCUCUGUGUUUGGCCGUGGCGACGGAUUUGCAGAACGAUCUCGAGGCUCGCUUCACGGGCCAGGUAGUGAAUGUCAGCGUGACUGAUAACUGCGACACGGUCUUCGGUUCGGGCACAUCAAGGCGCCUCGCCACCACAUUAGACAAGAGCAAUCUUCGUCUGGAACGAGCAUUGGUGCGCACUGCGGGCGGCAGUGUUGUGACCUAUGUGAUUACGAUCUCAGGAGACACAUCCCUCGCCAGUGAACUGCAAAGUGUGCUUCAAACUUUCACCGACCAGGUUUCUACAAUUCUACCCUCUGGUGCGACACUUGCUUUUAUAACCCCGACACCGAGUGCAACGCCAACACCAGUUUGCACGAGUGAAAUCUGCGGUUCUCCGGGCCAGUACACAAACCAGGACGCUUGCGAGCAAGUCGGGUGCUGCUUUAACUCCCAGACGAACGCGUGCACCCUGAAGAGCGUCUCAGCGGCGUGCAGCGCUGUUCCAGUGACGCAGCGCGUCCCCUGCGGCUGGAGCUAUAUCUAUCCAGACGAGUGCACUGCGAUACCGGGAUGCUGCUGGCAGCCAACGGCAAACGGCAUCCUGGCACCCUGGUGCUACUACGACAUCAACCAUGCACCGCAGGCCUCUGUAGCGCUGCAGGAGGUGCAGGCACCAGUACCCGUCUGCCCAUCACCGGGAGCGCAGCGCCAGCCGUGCGGCAACGCGGGUAUCAACCAGUUUACGUGCUAUGCCCAGGGCUGCUGCUACGACUCGCAGGCGCAGAACCAGUGGGUGCAGAACGGCAAGCAGCAGAGCGACUUUGAGUCGAACCCGUACUGCUUCCAGCCCGAGAAGACGUGCGCGGUGGGCGAGUUUGAGCGCCAGCCGUGCACGAACGCGGUGAAUCAGAACCAGCAGCUGAACAAUAACAUCAACAACAACCAGUUUGUGCGUCUGCUGAACACGCUCCUGUACGGAGAGCAGCACGGGACGCAGCGCACGAGCUACGCGCCGCAGCAGUGUCUGGAGGCUGGUUGCUGCCUGGGGCUCGGCAACGAGUGCUUCCAGCCGGUAACCGAGUACGUGUGCCAGACCUACGGGUAUGUGUCGAACUCGCUGAGCGGCACGACGGGCAACGUAUCGAACUCGAGCUAUACUGUAUGCGGCCCCGAGUGCUGCAACGCCGAGACGCAGAACUGCACGUACAUCCCGUUCAGCAACAACAAUAACCUGCAACAGCAGCAACAAUUGCAACAACAGCAGCAACAACAACAGGUGCUGCUGCCGUCAUUUUGUGUGUGCAAGGACCCUACGAAGCAAUGCGGGACGUACCUGAUCCCUUCGGAUAACCUUGUGAACAAGAUGCGUUGCUGCCGCGCUGACGAGGAGUGCAUCAACAACCAGUGUGUCGUGAUUAGUUCAACACCGACUCCGAGUCCCGUGGCUGCGACAGCGACACCCUCUGCGACGGUGUCUGCGACAGCUUCUGCGGCGGUGUCUGCGAGUGCGUCAACAUCGGUUUCGGGUUCAGCUUCAGUGUCUGCUUGA